AAUACUCAUGAGCAAAACCUUAUGCUCUGGUUUUAUUCAUAUGACCCAAUGAGUUAUUUUGUUCAAUUGCAGGAGACGAAGCAAGCAGUGGAUAUAAUCGAGCCACGGGCUGAAGUAGAUGCAAAGCGACCGGAGACCCAUAAAGAGCAAUCAGUGAAAGGUCUUAAAAACAUCGGGAACACUUGCUACAUGAAUGCAGCUUUGCAAGUGCUCUCCAAUACACCACCAUUCGCCAAAUACUUGCUCGAUUGCGGAGCUCAGCUGAUUCUAUCUUUAGAAAAUGAAAACCAUCCGAUGAAGGUGACCAGAGCUGUGUGUGACUUGUUGGAAUAUCUUUGGAACACCGAUGAGAAUGCAUACUUCCGUCCAAGCCGAUUGUUACGCCCUGUCAAACAAAUGCGUACAUCAGCUCAUGAUGCUGGUCUACAGCUGAAGCAAGCAAGCAAGCGAACCGAGACUGACCAGUGA